CUUUUCACAAAAAACUUUCUUACUAAAGAGUUUCUUGGAAAACUAAAUAUAAAUGUCAUGUAACUUUGGUUGCCACUAAACAACCAAAUAUGGUAACAAGAAGAGAUCAUUGGUCAGAUUUAUAAGUACUAUAAAAUUUCAGAAGAGAAGAGACAGAACCCAUUGUUUGCUGACAGCUGCAUAACUUGAAAACGGAGUUUAUCGCGGGAUUCAGCCCAUCAUUUACACAAAAGCUUCCACCGGCCUGCUUAUCUCGUGAUAAAAGCUGUGAAACUUAAGACGAAACUCAAUGGCUUUAUCAAAACCUGAUUCAUGCGUAAAAAUCGAUGGAGAAACGUUCGAUCUCAUCUCCAUACCAAGUGCAGAAAGCAGAAUGGUGCAGUCAGCCAAACGUGAAUUUCUUGAGCAACUAGAUCUUCACAGUCUUGCUGAUGACCUGGGAAAACUCGGCAAGUUUAUGCGUUUGGCCUACAAUGGUGUGGCGGGGCACACCGAGUUACAAAUUAAAGUACAGAGGGUCGGCUACAAGAUCACGAAACUGGCAGACAAAUCAGCUACUACAGUUUACCAGUUCAAAGAAACAUCGCAAGACGUCCUAGAAGAACUGCAGACCACCUAUCAGUUUUUGUUAGAAGGACUGGAAAAUGCGGCGGUGAUUAGCCUCUCGAUGAUGGCUGACAAGGCAGCAGGCAUGGCGGAGGCCGCAGAAGAAUUAAGGAACGAUUUUGACCAGGCAAAGGACGACGUCAUUAGCGCCUUAGAAGAUACACAAACUGCAAAAGGUGAUCAGGAAAAGAUGAAGAAAAGUCUUGACGAAGAACGAGAGGAAUUCGAAAAAAAGAAAAAGCAAGCGGAGGAGCUGAAGGAAAUUGCACAAAAGGCUGAAGAGGAAGCCGAAGAACUGUACAAGCAGGCUCAAGCCAGAGAAGAAAAAGCACAGGAAGUACAUGACAGUAUACAAAAGCAGGAGAUACUAAAGAGUACAUUGCGUUCGGUAGCAGAUUCGAUCACUGGCGUCUUCGAGGGUGUGACAAGCGCCGUGGGAUUAGCAUUGAUUAAAGGACUCGAAGAGGCAGCCGAAAAGUUAAAGGAAAUUGGUGAUAAGGCGGGAUACAAAAAAGCUAUUGAAAGGGCACACAGAGAAAAAAUGAUGUACUUUGAACAAAUGAAGAAGGAACGGGAUCAGCGCCGGGAAGCCAUUCAGCAAUGCAUAGAAUGUACACAGAAGAUCAUUAGUUGCCAAAAUGACAGCGAUUUGGCAGAAGUAGCCAUUGACGCCUUGCACAACUCUGUUGGUGCACUCAAAUGUCUCUCCGCUACCAUGAUGCAAGCGUCCAGAUUCUGGGAGAUGAUGCAGAUACAGUGCAAGCAGUUAGCUCGUGGAGAAAUUAAAGACAAAGUGGAAAAGAUGAUUGAAAUGCCCAAAGAACUACGACUACAAACGUGGACAUCGGCGGCGUUCAAGAAGAACGCCCUGCGUUACUAUACAAGGUGGGUUCUUCUUGACAAUUUGUCCAGUGUGUACAAGUUACAGAUACAGAACACCUCAAAGGAAUUGUACAAAUACCUAAAAGAGAACCCAACCCCUGAACAGGCAAAGAGUAAUGUACGUCAAAUGGCUGCUGAUCUCAAGGAUGACUUAAAGCAAUAUCAAGAAGACGAACGCCUCAAAGAAACACAGUCAGGCUCCGAAUGAACCUUGACAUUGUUUUUCUUUCGUAUGAAAGCAGUGAUGGAACAUCGCAUAAUAAGUUUUAUUUUUUAAUCCAAACGUCAUUUAGCAACGGCAUAAAUGCUAUGAGCAGGAUAGAUACUGGUAUAAACAUUAGGUCUAUGCCACAAAAGUUUCUUCGAAUACGCGGAGGAUAUUUUUACCACGCAGUUUGUUUCUCGCUGUGUAUCAAAAUGAGAAUCAACAGAUUAACCGUAGGGUUAAAAAGUUUUUGUCACGAGUAUUUAAGAUUUCAACGUUAAAUCAAUUGUUGCUAAUUAUUUUGUUACAUAUUUUUUGUCGUUAUUUGUGCGCUUCUUGCUCGAGUUGGUUUUGGGGCGUUCCAAGCAAGAAAAUUCGAUUUUUCAUUUUGCAGUUUUUUACUAUUUGUUUAGAAUGCCUUUUUAGGGGUUAUACUUCGGAUGAUCCAUAAAAAGCGUGAUUACUAAUUACGAUGAAGUUAUGUUAUGUUUCUUAGGUUUUAUGUAUUUAAGUAGAAAUACUGUUAGACGGAUUUCGCCGUGCGUUUUUAACUGUCUCAAGAGCUAGGUGGACAUUUCCGCGACCGUAAAGCAUUAAGAAUUUAAGGAAACUUGCGCCAUAUUUUGCUGUGUCAAAUAUCGCUUUUUUUUAUAAAGAAGGCUGAAUAUAACACAAAUGUGAUAUUUGUAGCUUUUGUGUUUUAUAAAAGCAUAGCCUGUUACCAAGCGGAGAGGGUGUUGGGAGAACUCGAAACAGUCAAGAAAACCCCUAGACAAAGUCAUUGAGGAUUUGCAUAACUGUCUUGAAUUCUCCCAUUCUCCGCGUCGGUGCGAGCGAAUAUAGACUCACAAGAGGCGCAACGCUUCAGGAUCAAAUGUUCCUUUAAUUAAUUAAAACGUCAAAUGAUCGAAACACUUUAAAGUCGAGUGCGUUCUCCUUUUUUAUCGGCUUCCUUAGUUCUUCAAAAAUAAGAUUCCUUCCCAAAAAGAUUCUUGGAAAAGGACAACUUUGCGGUCCACAAAAGAACCAAAAAAGAUAACAAACAAGAAGCCAUCAUGGGUCAGAUUUAUUAGUUGAACCGAUUCCAAGAACAGAACAUUGUUUGCUGACAGCAGACCAUGACUUGAGUUACGAAGGGAUACAUACAGGUUCAUAACAAAAAAUCUCUUUUUUCAUUUUUUUAACAAUUUUCAAAAUGACUUACUUUAAGUCUGAAACCAUACAAACAAAAUUACCUACAGAUAGAGGGCAUGCCUUUUCUAAAUAACUGAAGAUGAGUCAACUCAUGCGUGGAGUUUUGCCCUGUGACACAGAAGCGUGGGAAACUGUGGUUUAAUGUAAAGAGAGGAGGGCAAAAAACGAGUAUAUGAGGCCCCGUUCUGAUCAAAAUUAAAUUAUUACUAUUAUGGUGUUUCAUCAAUGAUUAAUCCACCACCAAAGUUACCCACCCAAGAAUAAGCUUAUUUGUGCAGAAAAUAGGAUAUUAUUCUCGAAACUUCCAUGUGGGUAGUGUUCCAUGCAAGACUGGGCUUUUGCGUGACCUUUGGCUCUUUGUACGUGUUAUGAAUAAGCUUCUCGAAAAUUUGCAUGCGAACACUUGCAGGUUCAGGAGUUUUAGGCCCCCUCCACACGUAUCUGGAUGUUUUUGAAAACGGAGAGUUUUUUCCUCCGUUUUCCAAAAAAUACGCCUCCACAAGUAACGUAUUCGAAUCGUUUUCGGCCGUCCACACGAAAACGCUAAAUAAUGAAAGUACGACAGUAUCCCUCACAGAGCAUGCCUUGUGCUAGUGGUAAAUGAAGUAUUACAUCAUCGUAUUCUGAAACCUCCGUUUUCGUCCGUCCACACGAAAACAAGUGGCUAGCGUUUUCAAAACGUUUCAUGCUGGACACUGUUUUAGAAAUGAUGCGUUUUUGGUGACCGUUUUCACCAAAUACUGUGUGAACGGUAGGCCAAACCGGAGAAAAAACCCUCCGUUUCCCAACAAAGACGGAUAAUACGACCAACCAUGGUUGGAUGACAGCCUCAUGCGUCAACCUGCUUUAUUAUACAUUUUUUUAUGUGUUAAAAACUGCUCUUGAAACAACUUUGAUAAUAACAAAAGAGUGAAGAUGAUGCAUAGAAGUCUUUGUAGAAAAAUAAACCAAUGUUCUAAAAUCUAAAUCUAAAUGUUAUUCUUGUUUUGAGGGAAAUGCCAGUUUCCAAGCGACCAGAUCAUUAUUAUUAUUUCAUUUUGAAGUCCAAAUAACAUGCCACUUAACCCUCGGACGUAUACGUAAAUUCAUACCCUCACCGUGGUACAAGGGAGGUUGGGGGGUGGUUGAUUGAACCCCUCCCCAGAGUUUUUGAUAUGUUGCUGUAUUUUGAAACGAUUUUACCUUAAGUUGAAAGCCUUUCAUCUUCUUAACAAGAUGAGGUAUAUUUUAUGGGUGUUGGUGCUGCUGGAGGCCUGUGAUGUCACCAACAAUGGUCGCCAUCUUGGAGUUUACCAAGAAUUAGAAAUCACAUUAAAACCACGAGAAAUAGUAAUUUUUUGUGCUUUACAUGAAACAUUACACAUAAAUAAGCACUUUCCAUAAUUUUAGCCACAAGAUUUACUUUUAUUGUUGAAAGAAGUUAAAAAACAUGUAUUUUCACCCAAGAAUGGCAUGAUCACCUGCUUCUUAUGAGGUCAUAUAUCAUAGCCAUAGGAACUGACCAUCACUGAACUUGUCUCAAAAUGUGUGCGAGGGGUGAACGAGCAGCCACUGAAAACGUUAAGUGCUGAUGUUUUAUCCUCUAGGAAGAAACUCUAAAACCUUAUGGGGGUGGCAUCCACCCCUCCCCGCCUGUGCUUCCGAGGGUUACAAGUAAAAUGUUAUUUUUCCUUAAAAAUAAAUUACCAUCAAUUGAAAUGACAGUUUUACCUUGACACACAUGGUACCUCACAAAUGUCUGAAAUGCUAAAAUGUAUGCCACACUGUUUUGUUCAUCUGCCAGUCACAGUGGCCUUGCUCUGUGGGUGGCAAUCACAGCUUACCCCCAGGCUAUACCAUCUCAAGCAGGUUUUUCCAGUUCAGUCUGUGAUAAAGCCAAUUUAUCCUUAAGUUGCAUACAGGGAGCUUAUGAUAAAUCUACAACCCAAACUGCAAAAUGUAAAUCAAACCUAUGAUAAUCAAGUCGAUUGUAGAUGUUACUCAUUGUAAGCACAUCCCAUGUGACAAAAUUUUUUCAUAUAAAUUGGUCCUUAAUGUCACUACAGAGCAUGGAUGCAAGAUCUUCGGUCAUGUUCUCUGGAUGGAAUGAUCUCCAUCCAACUCCCUCUGCCCAAAACACCCACCAUGGUCAGGACUUUAGACCAUGUCUUAGAUUUCACACUUGCUGGGUGUAUGUGUUGCAGUUAAUGUUUUUUAUCUCAGGUAUUUUUUAUUAUAUUUUUUCUUUUGUUUCAACUUCAUUAGCAUACAUCACGAUACCUAAAAACAAAAGAAAAACUAAAAUUAUCUGAGAUAAAAAAUUUAAACUACAACAUAUGCAACCAUGUCUUACACUCAUAAAAUACGUGCUGGUGUAACACCUUAGGGCUACAAAAGAUAGUCUGUCCAUGUAAAGGGUUGGUCUCAGAAGAAAAUGACUGGAACUUUGUAUCAGAAGGAAAAUGGCUGCAACAACAGGGUAGUCGCUUUAAAAAGGUGCUCAUGUUGAGGGGUCCACUGUAUUAGGUAAUCUGCGUAGGACAUAUCAGAAAAGAUAUCUUUUCUGUUGAGGAUUUCUGUGUUCUUGAGUCAUGUUUCUCAUAAAAAUAUUUGUUCAUUUCUGUUACAAACUCAAGAUUAUUUUGUGUCUGAUUUCAUUAAGCCAUGCAUUUUACUGUUGCAUGCUAAGGACCUUAACAUUAGAGUGCAGGAAUCAAGGAUGUGGGUGCCUCUGUUCACAGAACCCUCAGUGCCACUUAUGUGCAUUUGAACAUUAUUUACAUUUGAAAAGAAGAGAGGUUUCUCUUAGAAUGAGGUCACCUUCAGCCUCAAUUCCACUCAAGGCCAGGAUACUCAGCACACAAGAAUUACUGUAAAAUGGUCUACCAUUAGAGAGUUUGUAAAAAAAAAAGGCUAUUCAUUUUGCUCUACUGGACUCAUUCGAUUUCUUUCAAAAACCUUAUAUAUGUAAGUACAAUGUAGAUCUAAUUAAGUAAGUGGUAAGUAGUUCAUUUAAACAUGUAACACCAAAGAGCUUACGUACAAUAAACUCAUUAGGAUGGCACUUGAUUUACAAGACUGCAGUAAAAAAAACUACAACUUCAAAGGAUCUCACAUCUAAAAGUGGAGCUCCUGCAAUUUACUUUAAAUAAUUUUGAAACCAUUGCAAAGUGAGAAAAUAUAGUGGAAUUAACUUAUUGGAAAUCAGUAAUUUAAGUACUGUAAAUAAACAAAGGACCUAAAUACCAGACAAAAACUAAAAAUUGAGCCUGCAACUCCAAAAGAAAACUGUCAACUGGUCAGCGACUAACUUCUAAAGACGACCUGGAUUAUCCUGAUAAAGUUACCAGCCCAACUUUCACCCAAAUAUGGUGUGGCAUUUCGCAUUAACUUACGUAUUAACAGGGAAUGAACAUACGGGUAAUAGCCAACAUUCUUCAUACGGGUCGGCUGAAAAACAAGAUUUUAUCACCAAAUGCCUGGCAUGUACUUGAUAGUCAUAGUUGUAGUAUCAACAGCUACUUAAGAUGCGAGUACUGGUUAUCAAUAUACAGGGGGCGUAGCUACGAAUUUUUCUGAGUUACACACAGUGAAUCAAACCCCAAAUAGUUUCCCCGAGGAAGAAUAUCAAUUAAAAAAAUUCCUAUUUCUCGGAGUGCGUUGAGGUAAACAAAUUAAUCUCUCCUGGUCGUAGGACCACGUUCUGCUAGCAAGAUCAGGGAAAACACUUCAUCAUUUUGGUUCCCUUCUUUUUAUUUCCUUUCAUUUGUCUAUCUAUUUCUUUUUUUUUGCCUUUGUUUAUAGGUACGCACGUGCGUAUUAACCUACAAAUAUAGCUAUGCCCCAAAUAUGUACUUAAAGAGAAUCUGUCCAAGGUGGUUUCCUUGAUAUAACAGGUCGGCAAAGGCACACUAGACUUGACUUUAAAAUCUUCCUUAGCCACGCCUCGAAAUAUUUCUUCACUUUGGAUAAGCCAUGACUUGUUGUUUUAGAGGUCAAUGUUUCGUUUUGCUGGAAAAUUUUACGACAAGGACGGACCUUCCCUGAGGAUGCUGAUUCCUCGAGAAUGAGACUGUACCCCUGUCAAUGUUUAAGUGACAUAUCUGUUUUUGUGACCAGCAAACUAUUUAUAGUCAGGUUGUUCUUUUCUGAAGUAAUCAUCUCUGCCACUUUCAUCCAGCGUUUUUCGAAUGACGUUAUCUUGGUCUGUAGACCCUUGCUGCUGAGAAUCCCAUCAGUGUUUUCCUCGGCAACCAGAUCCAUUAAAAUUUGAAGCUGUUCAGUUUUUAUUGUUGCUGCAUUGGUAAGUAUACCUAUACCUCAUCCCAGGAUCGAACAGCUUGCAUAACAAAUGAAGUUAAGGUUUUGAUGUCUCCUAGUUUUUCAUUGCAUGCAUCUCUCUGCCUUUUUAGGUCUUCCACUUUUCUUAAAAUCUUAUUUUGCUCCCUCUCCACCUGAAAGCUAACGGGAUAUUCUAUAACUUUAUGAAAAGCAACAUAACAACAAUGGCGACAAAAAAAAGCGAAUGAUGAGUUAGUAAGCUGAUAGUGAGAACAAACUACAAAGCAACACUGGUUCUUGAGUCAGGAAAACAGUAACCAAUUAAAUCGCCAGUUAAAUCACGAUAACAUUUUUGUUGAACCGAAAUAGACUGUUAUCGAUGACAACAAAGUUGCCCUAGUGAUUUUAUUAAUAACAUCUUCAAAAAAAACCACGAUCAACAAAGAUAUGUAACCCUUUGAUGAGUCACGUGUUACAAAAACGCCAUGCUAGAAAACCAGAAACGGUCGGUAACAAAACAAAGAAAAAGAGCUUACAUCAUUUAAAUCGGGUGGUGGUGGUGGGGGGGAGGGACAUUAUUUAAUUCAUCCCGUUAUACUGUUCAUUAAAGCUUGAAUUUCAGCCGUCUCCUUGCCCAGUUGGGUCAAAGCUCUCGAGAGAAUCGCCUUCUACAGUUGGUUCUAAUGGCCCACCAGAAUCUCCCUAUACGGUUAGCCGGCUAUACCCAACUGAUAUAACAUACCUAUUACAUACCUAAAUGACAUAACGAAAUGAAUUUCGCCAAUUGACGAAAUAGACAUGACCUUCAUUUCUUCUGGAACCAAUCGUUCAAGGGGGUGUACCAAUGGACCAUUUGAACUUCCUUUUAUACUUAGCCAGGUACAAUAAGAAAUUACUCUUUUGACGUUUCUUUUCAGAGAUGCAUUUCACCAACAUUCUCACAGCCAUUUCUACUGGUGCCAAUCAUACCAUAUAUUGAUAACAAUGGACCACUGGAAUUCCGCUAUCGCCAACCAGGCACAAGAGAAGUUACUCCGCCAUACGCCCCAUUUCACACAUUUUACCGAUAGAAAAAUAGACUGACAUUCAUUUCAACAUAAAUACAAAUCAUACCAUUGGCACCAAAAGACAAGUAACAUCGUCCCAUACCUAAUUGGAUCAUUGGUCUCAAUCGCCCCAGUCACCAAAACUCAUGAGUGCAAAUUUGACCAAAGGAAUGUGGAAACUAGGGCCAAGGAGAGACUUGAAUAAUUUUUGGCCUGCAAAUGUAGACGUAUUGCUGAGUGUUGCUUCUCUCUCAACGUUUGCAAGCCUGAGCCGCCAAACGGUUUCUCUGAUUUCUCAGAAAUGUGCGUAUACCUCUAGAAACAUAAUGGCUACUUCCCGAACGGUCUCUUCUAAAAUUACUCUGAAGAGUAAUUUGUUUGUAUGUUUGUGUAGUAUAUGGACUUUACAUACCCAUAUAUCUUUAGACAUACUAUUUUCUAUUACGUUUUCUUGUUUCCAUGACACAAUUUUUUUCUGUUCUGGUAUACACUUAGUAGUUAUGUAUAAUGUCUACGCCAGUUAGAUCCGUGGCAGUGCCAAAUCCAAAAGUUUACAACAUUGUGCUCGAUUCGUUAUAUGUUUGUUUUUUCUUUCCUUUACUCUUGUGAUGCAAUUUAAAGUGUUUCCAGUUGGCUUGUAAUAUGUAAUAGACUACCACCAUUCCUUUAUGACGAGAAGCUUAUGAUAAAGUAUUAUCCUUGGAGUAAAAAAGUUGUGUAUCAUCACCAAAACAAUGUUGAUGCUCAACUAGUAAAAUAGUUUGGGUGCACCAAAAUACUCUGCUAUGGAGGAGAGCUUAUCGCAUUGAGUUUCAGCUGUAAAGAGCGUGGUUUAAAACGCUGUGAGAUAUGCCUAGUUAUCGCAAUAGGAAUGUGGAUAAAAGGAGGAACUAUUAGGCAUAAGGACUUUGAGAAAAGCUCUUUUAUAGGUAAAAUAUAUUCCUCAACUUUUUAGUUCAUAUUGAUAGGGCAAAAAAGAGCCACAAAUUGACAUGCAGGGGAUACGAGAGUAAACACCACACAUGUAAAAUACAAAAUUACAACCGUACCUCCCAAAUGGCAGAGUUCACCCAUGCGAUGUCUGUCUCGGCUCUCUCCAUGUCUCUUGCAUAUCCUUGCAUCUCUUUGUACGCGUUAAGGUACUUUGUCGUGUUGGAAUCAAAAACUUCUCGAAGAACAAGGUAGGUGCCAUAAACGGGCACCCACCAAUAAUCAUGAAAUUCCUUCAUUUUGCUCUCAGCUUCCUUCAUCUCUUUCUGCGCCUCUUGAUAUCUCCUCCUUGCAUCCUCCUUCUUUCGACUGCACAAUUCCCUUUCAUUGACCAACAAGUGUUUCUUUGUUUCCAGUUUUUCUUUUUUCUUUUUUAUAUCCUCCUCCUGCUUGUACAAUUCGUUCAUAUGUCUGGUAAGGAUUUCUACCUUCUGUUGAUACUCUUUCUCGGAUUCUUUUAGCUGAUCACGGAGGAGUGCAGUGUGCUGUUUUAACAGCGAUCCACCUUGUUUUAUGGAUUUAAGAAGAAACGCUGAAAGACGGGCAUCACUGUUCUUAACUGCCUCAAGGGCUGUUUCCAAGUCCCUAAAAAAUUUAAAACUUAAAGAAACUAGUGUCAUAACUUGCUGGGCCAAAUGCGCCUUAUUUCCUAGAAAAGAAUGCUGAAAUUAAGCUUAACACGCAAAGAACGCCCACUAAGGUGCCGCAUUCCAGAAAAACACCUCAUGCUCAUUUGCAUCUCAUUAAAUAACAAAAGAAUAACAAGUUGUACAGCUCAUUUGUUAUAUGCCUUGUCCUACUGGACAUGCAUCAGUUAAUUUUUCGCAGUCCCGCACCUCACUCAGCCCGCCGGCGGAGAGGGCGCUUAUGGACUCUCUAGAGAUCGAUGAACGGGCUGCAAUUGUGCCUCUUGAGCUAUCCACAAUUACCUAUGAGCAAAUUUCAAAAUGGAGUGCGUCCUGCUCUUUUAUUGGCUUCCUUACUUUUCACAAAAAACUCCCUUACUAAAGAGUUUGUUGGAAAAAUAACUAUAAAUGUCAUGUAACUUUGGUUGCCACUAAACGACCAAAUAUGGUAACAAGAAGAGAUCAUUGGUCAGAUUUAUAAGUACUAUAAAAUUUCAGAAGAGAAGAGACAGAACUUGAAAACGGAGUUUCAACUCAUCAGUUACACAAAAGCUUCCAACGGCCUGCUUAUCUCGUGAUAAAAGCUGUGAAACUUAAGACGAAACUCCAUGGCUUUAUCAAAAUCUGAUUCAUGCGUAAAAAUCGAUGGAGAAACGUUCGCUCUCAUUUCCAUACCAAGUGCAGAAAGCAGAAUGGUGCAGUCAGCCAAACGUGAAUUUCUUGAGCAACUAGAUCUUCACAAUCUUGCUGAUGGCCUGGGAAAACUCGGCAAGUUUAUGCGUUUGGCCUACAAUGGUGUGGAAGGGCACACCGAGUUACAAAUUAAAGUACAGAGGGUCGGCUAUAAGAUCACGGCAGACAAAUCAGCUACUACAGUUUACCAGUUCAAAGAAAAAUCGCAAGACGUCCUAGAGGAACUGCAGACUACCUAUCAGUUUUUGCUAGAAGGACUGGAAAAUGCGGCGGUGAUUAGCCUCUCGAUGAUGGCUGACAAGGCAGCAGGCUUGGCGGAGGCCGCAGAAGAAUUAAGGAACGAUUUUGACCAGGCAAAGGACGAUGUGAUUAGCGCCUUAGAAGAUACACAGACUGCAAAAGGUGACCAGGAAAAGAUGAAGAAAAUUCUUGACGAAGAACGAGAGGAAUUCGAAAAAAAGAAAACGAAAGCGGAGGAGCUGAAGGAAAUUGCACGAAAAGCUGAAGAGGAAGCCAAAGAACUGUACAAGCAGGCUCAAGCCAGAGAAGAAAAAGCACAGGAAGAACAUGACAGUAUAAUACAAAUGCAUGAAACACAACAGAGUACUUUGCGUUCGGUAGCAGAUUCAAUCACUGGCGUCUUCGAGGGUGUGACAGGCGCUGUAGAAUUAGCACUUAUCAAAGGAUUCGAAGAGGCAGCCGAAAAGUUAAAGGAAACUGGUGAUAAGGCGGGAUACAAAAACGCUGUUGAAAGGGCACACAGAGAAAAAAUGAUGCACUUAGAACAAAUGAAGAAGGAACGGGAUCAGCGCCGGGAAGCCAUUCAGCAGUGCAUAGAAUGCACACAGAAGAUCACGGCUGCUGAUCUCAAGGAUGAGUUAAAGCAACACCAAGAAGACGAACGCCUCAAAGAAACACAGUCAGGCUCCGAAUGAAUCUUGACAUUGUUUUUCUUUCGUACAAACAUCGCUUUUUCUUUUCGUAUGGAACAUCGCAUAAUAAGUUUUAUUUUUUAAUCCAAACGUCAUUUAGCAACGUCAUAAAUGCUAUGAGCAGGAUAGAUACUGGUAUAAACAUUAGGUCUAUACCACAAAAGUUUCUUCGAAUACGCGGAGGAUAUUUUUACCACGCAGUUUGUUUCUCGCUAUGUAUCAAAAUGAGAAUGAAUAGAUUAACCAUAGAGUUAAAAAGUUUUUGUCACGAGUAUUUAAGAUUUCAACGUUAAAUCAAUUGUUGCUAAUUAUUUUGUUACAUAUUUUUUGUCGUUAUUUGUGCGCUUCUUGCUCGAGUUGGUUUUGGGGCGUUCCAAGCAAGAAAAUUCGAUUUUUCAUUUUGCAGUUUUUUACUAUUUGUUUAGAAUGCCUUUUUAGGGGUUAUACUUCGGAUGAUCUAUAAAAAGCGUGAUUACUAAUUACGAUGAAGUUAUGUUAUGUUUCUUAGGUUUUAUGUAUUUAAGUAGAAAUACUGUUAGACGGAUUUCGCCGUGCGUUUUUAACUGUCUCAAGAGCUAGGUGGACAUUUCCGCGACCGUAAAACAUUAAGAACUUAAGGAAACUUGCGCCAUAUUUUGCUGUGCCAAAUAUAGCUGUGUGAUAUUUGUAGCUUUUGUGUUUUAUAAAAGCAACAGAAAACGUUUCUCGUGUAUAGCCUGUUACCAAGCGGAGAGGGUGUUGGGAGAACUCGAAACAGUCAAGAAAACCCCUAGACAAAGUCGUUGAGGAUUUGCAUAACUGUCUUGAAUUCUCCCAUUCUCCGCGUCGGUGCGAGCGAAUAUAGACUCACAAGAGAGGCACAACGCUUCACGAUCAAAAGUUCCUUUAAAUAAUUAAAAUGACAAAUGA